UACCAAAAAUUUCUGCGCCAGGAAUUCUAUUCUCAGAUCCAUCUUCAUUUUCAUAUUUCUCUCUCUUCAUCAUAUGACGUAAACUAGCAAAAAGCCUCGACCCCCAAACCUCCCCAACUGCUUUCCUCUGUUUCUCUCAUUCAUUCUCUCUCCUCCUAAUCUCUAUCCAAUUACCCAAACCCCAAUGCUUCUCUUUCCUCUCUAAUUUAUCACCAACAUGAAUCGCAGCUACAGAGAUUACAAUUCCUCCACCCUCGUUGGCGGCGCUAGGAAUUAUCCGGUGGCAGCGUCGCAGCAGCAGCAGCAGCAGCAACAACAUAACCACCACCGCAGAGGCAACAGCUUCACCGGCGUCUCCAGAAACGCCGAUGAGAAUCUCGAUCUCUUCUCUCGCUCCCGCCGCAGCGUCUCCCUUACUCCCGCCGACGAAUCCCAAGUGUCAAUGAAAUUAGGGAAGAUAUCGGUUGGAUCUGUGAAAUUGGCGGCUAGGAAUGGAUUGGAUGAUCUAUUGGCAUCUGCUGAUGGCGGGAAACAUGAUUAUGAUUGGCUUCUGACGCCUCCGGAAACUCCUCUUUGUGCAUCAUCGGAGAGGAGUGACUUUCAACCAAGCUUAGCCACUCCAAGAAACAGAUCUGCUACUAGAUCGACCUCGACAACUAAACCGUCUAGGCUUUCGACUGCACAAGUGGAUAGCAGCCAUUCCUCAAGACCAGCAAGAAGCAGCUCUGUGACACGUUCCUCUAUAUCUUCUACCCUUAAUAACACUUACUCUUCAAAUAGAUCUUCGUCAAUUCUGAAUACAAGUUCAGCAUCUGUUUCUUCUUACAUAAGACCAUCCUCCCCCAUCACCCGGUCGUCAUCUACUUCUAGACCUUCCACUCCGUCCAGUCGAACAACACCCUCGAGAUCUUCUACCCCUUCUAAAGCACGUUCAAUGCCCACUGUCUCUCCAGGCGACAAACCCCGACAAUCACAAAACUCGAGACCCUCUACUCCUAGUUCUAGAUCGCAGAAUUCUGCUAACUCAAGUUUUCCUGUGACUCGAUCAAAUUCUCGUCCAUCAACUCCAACUCGGCGCAGUCCGUCAUCAAACUCCUCAGCAGCACCCAGCAUUUCUGUUUCAACGGGGCGUGUAAUGUCUAAUGGACGCAGCCAGACAUCAACAUCUCGUCCUAGCUCCCCUGGACCUAGGAUUCGAUCACAACAGCCAGUUAUUCCCCCUGAUUUCCCACUUGAUACACCUCCCAAUCUAAGAACAUCAUUAACAGAUAGACCUAUUUCGGCUGGGAGGUCAAGACCAGGUGUAGGUCUAGCUUCAAAGGUCAACACGGAGACUCCAAGCUCUGUUAAUAUGCCAAGGAGACCAUCUUCACCUGUGAGUAGGGGUAGGUCUGCCGAACCACAUGGAAGGGGCCAUCUUCACUCUAAUGGCCACCAUACUGAUCCAUCAGAACCUCGAAAAUCAGGUUAUCUUUCUGACUCAAUGAGGAAACCUGUCAAGACAUCCACCACAACCAUGGAGAAUGGUGGUAUGGGAAGGACCAUAUCAAAAAAGUCAAUUGACAUGGCAAUCAGGCAUAUGGAUAUUAGAACUGGUCCAGGGAGCAUGCGUCCACUCCCAAGUACCUCCCUUUUCCCCCAGAGCAUCCGGUCUGCACCAUCCAAAAUCCAAGCCGUUCAUGGUUCAGGCAGCCCAACAUCUGUCAACAGUAAUGGAAGUCCAUCACUUAGCAAUAGUGGAUCCAAUCUUGAGAAUGGUACAUAUGCGAAUGGGUUGUUAGAUAAUGGUAAGAAGGAAGAAAAUGGCAGGUUGUUUGGGAGAUUGAGUGGGGCAGAUAUGUACGAGAGCACCAGAUAUGAUGCAAUACUACUAAAAGAGGAUCUAAAAAACACUACUUGGCUGCAUAGCGUGGACGAUAUGUCUGAUCAGUGUUCCAUUUUUGAAAAUGGUUUAGAGCCUCUGCCUGAACCAUUUGGCCUCUCAUGAUUGGUUCCUCGUUUUGUUUUGUUUUGUUAUCUUAAAUAUAUCUGAUCUUUUGCAUUAACUAUAUCCAAAGCUGGUUUGGUUAUCUCUUCGUGAUCGAAUGUCUCAUUUUUGCUUGGAAAAGAGCUGAAUAUCAAUUAAUUGAUUGUAUAGCAAAGAAAAUGCCUCUUGAGUUUUCCAUGUUCUCAAGUUUCCUGGUGAUGUAAUUGAUAAGAUACAUUUUGAUUUAAUGCCCUUGGUACUUUCCGGGCAAUAGUCAUAUAGCGCUGUAUAUUUGAUUCAUUUUGCUAUGAUAUAUAGAAUAUAUUGAUGA